CAUUGCCAGUAGGUUAGUUGCUUCCAAGUGCCGACGCUGCUGUGUUAAAACUUCGACGGGAAAAGGAUCGAUUUUAAAUGGCAACUUCAACCCGGGGAAUGAAGAUUUAUCUGUAAGGGUUGCAUGCACCAUCAGGAGCCUUGAAUUUUGGCACUGGCCUAAAAGGAGGAAAGUAAGAGCUCUACCCUUCAAGGGAAGGAAAUACAUUUAACACAAUGAAUUACAAAGAGUGGAAUGAAGGCUUUGCAAACUACGCAUAUCACCAUUCAGAAACACUGGAAAUGGACAGAAGUGAACAGGGGAGACCUUCUGCAAUCCACACAACUCCACUGCAAUCUCCCUACCAGCAGAAUCCAUUAGAUUCACCAGGUUUUCAGAGAUGGGAGCAGCCAGAGAUUAUUCCAAUGAGAUCAAUUGAGAGAGAACAAAACAUGACAAGAUCACCAUUCUUUAAUAUGAAUCCAUAUGAAAGUGAAACUGGAUGUGAUAAUGCUGGAUUUGAGCCCUGGGCAGAUGAGUCUUACAGCCCUGCCUCCUCUGUGAAAGAUGGUUAUGGUCACCAAGAUGCUUCAGUCGUUCCUGACAUUCACAGAAAUGCAGAAACAUCAAGCAAAGAUCCAGCUGCAGCUAAAAGGCGUCGAACUAUUGGUGUUACAUUGCGGCUGGCAUCCUUGGCUGGUUUAAGUUUAUCACAGUAUACCAUGCCAGAAAUUGAACUGAGUGAAGAAGAAAAAGAAGAUCAAAUGCAGAUUAUUGCUGAACUAGCAAAAUUAUCACCCAAUGAAAGGACAAAGGCCAUUCAGCAAUUGGCAAUGAGCAUUGAAGAGAAGCGGGAGAUCAGGGAUCAGGUUCAGCAGACGAUUGGACCGCAUACAGUGGAAACAGAUAUUGAAAUACAUAGAUGUACCCAGCUGCUGUAUAAAGCAUUGUUUUCUCUUCAACGCUUUCGUGAGAAUAUGCUAAUAUGUUUCCAGUCAAUUCAUCCCUGGAAAAGAUCCCUGAAAAUCAUUGGUAGCAAGUUCGGAACAAGUGUUCUUUCCUAUUUCACUUUCCUCAAAUGGCUGCUUAUGUUCAACCUAUUCUCCUUCCUGAUAAACUUCAGCUUCAUCACCAUCCCACAAUUUUUUGAUAUGGGUAUUAACAAUCUCACUUUCACAGGCUUGGAGCUGCUCACGGGCUCAGGUUAUUUUUCAAAAACUGUUUUUUACUAUGGAUUUUAUACGAAUACCAGCAUUCAAAUAAGCCCUACUGCAGAAACGUAUAAUAUGCAGCUUGCUUAUUUCCUCACGAUUGGAUUCUACAUGUUGAGUUGCUUUCUGUAUCUGGUUUACAGCAUGGCAAGAUCGUUCAGUAAAAACAUUAUUGCAAUUGGCAUUCUGUCUGGUGAUGCAGCCAGGCUCCUGUGUUCAUGGGACUUCAACAUAACAAAUGAGAAAGCAGUAGAACUGAAAAGAAGAAAUCUGUGCACACAGUUAAAGGAAAUGUUAUCAGACAAAAUGCACUACCACCGGCAACUAACAACGAAACAGAGAACCGUGCGAUAUUUAAUUCAUCUGAUAAGCUGGAUUAUUUCAGUAGGAACAACAGUCGGCUGCUCUUUUGGAAUCUAUUCCUUUUCUAUCUCCAACUUUAAGCUUAUUUAUAAAAACCCAACCGAGGAAGAAAUACAAAAACAAGCAGCAACAUUGUUAUUACCCCUUGUGGUGGCCAUCAUCAAUCUGGUCAUUCCGUUAUUCUUCUCCUUUCUCGGCUUUAUGGAAAGAUUCAAAUAUCCACGGCAUGAGAUAUACGUUCUCAUUAUAAGGAAUGUUUUGCUGAAAAUGUCAAUACUUGGAGUUCUGUGUUACUAUUGGCUGGUGACAGUGGCAAACAAUGUUGAGUGUUGGGAAACAUUUGUGGGCCAAGAUCUGUACCGACUUGUGGUGACUGAUUUUAUCUUCUCCUUGCUGGGUUCCUUCUUUGGGGAGUUCAUUCGAAGCACCAUGGGAAUGCAUUGCUGCCAUAAACUUGGAAUACCAGAAUUUGACAUUGCAAGGAAUGUAUUAGGUUUAAUCUAUGCACAAAUUCUAGCAUGGAUUGGACUUUUCUUUGCGCCUCUUAUACCAGCAAUACAGAUCAUAAAGUUCUUCAUUAUAUUCCAUGUUAAAAAGGUUAGCCUAAUAAUGAAUUGCCAGCCUCCCCGCAAAGCUUGGCGAGCUUCUCACAUGACAACCAUCUUUAUUUUCCUGCUGUUCUUUCCUGGCUUCCUUGGGGUUCUUUGCUUGUUAGGAGUAACUGUCUGGAUAUGGAAGCCUUCCAAACGCUGUGGACCCUUUAGAGGAUUAAACGUGCCCUAUAAUUCCAUUUCUCAUUUUAUUGUGAUGCUGCAAGAAAGAUUCUCUCAACUGCACUGGCUUGUCUGGGCCUACAGGAACUUGAUUUUGAACCCGCUAUUCUACUUCAUCUUAACAAUUAUUAUGUUUGCUUUCAUCUACCUGUAUUUACAAAUUAUAGAUGGGCGAAAAAUGAUGACAAAAUGCUUGCAAGAGCACAUUGGUAAUGAAGGAAAAGACAAAUCAUAUUUACUGCAAAAGCUCAACAACAUGAAAUUAAAUAUAGAAUCUUCUGAAGAGAAGCUUCCAACAUGGAAAUUCACUAAAGAGAUGGAUGAUGUUCCUGAUCCUGAAUCAAAGCCGGGGACUGUUCGAAGCUACAAUACUCUGCUUCCAGGGUAUGUUGAAGAAAAAUCCAGCCUCGUUCAGAGAAAAAAUUAUUCAGAGCGUCAUUGGCAUCUUGAGACAAGAGGAGGGACCAAUGACCAGAAACAAAAUGUUAAAGAGCAACACGAUUUUAGUCUGCUGUGGAAGAAUAACAGAGUGCACCCAGGGUUAGCUGGAUGCUCUUUGACUAGCAACAAUAUAAAACACCGAGAUAUUGUCAGUGAACAUGACACAGAAGACCAAAGUCAUUAUCAAAGUAUGAGAGGAGGAACUGGCAGUGCUCUUGCACUGGCUUUAGCAGCCAGGCAUCAGGCAGAGCAGAGCCCGUAUGAAUAAUUGUUUCAGAGACAAAGGACUAAACUUUCCAGGGCCCUGUGAGCACCAAGCUGUAGGUGACUUUUCAGAAAAUCACGGGUAACAUUAUAAACAGCAUGAAUAAUGCAGCAGCAAGUUUCCAAGGAGCCACCUGUUGCAGUGAGGCAUCAGGUAGCUCCACCCACAGUUCUUUUCUAAAUCUACCUGAUCAUUGUAAGAUUUCUGAAUGUUAACGUUCCUUCACUGUUUCUGAGUGGUCUUUAGGCUCUGAAAAUAAUUAAGUGCAUAUUUCAUCUGUGGUUAUCCAUGAUAAUGAAGUGUUCUUUGACCCUAACAAUU